UUGGAGCUGGUGGUGUCCCUACGGGCCGUCGAAAAAGAUCUCUCAGCUUUAGGCGCUGAGGGGUCGCUCGGCAUGCGCCAUGGAACGCCUUCCCUGGCUCGGCAAUGGCUGCAAGAAGCUGUGAGGCCUUACCUAGAAGAUCGUGAGAGCAAGGCCCAGGUCGAGCAGAGUGUGGCGGCCACCUUCUGCGGCGCCAACUUCCCCGAGGCCACGGACGCUGAGCUGCGGCUGAGGCGCCAGCACUGGGCGCAGCUGCUCUACCGCUUCCAGAAGUAUGGGCACUUCUCCACCGGCAACCGCGUGGGCGCUUUGGAGGGUGGCGACGAGUGCUUCACUGAGAUGUUGAGUGCCAUCGCCAGUGCCAAGACCCGAGUUUGGUGCGAGAGCUACAUCUUCGACAACAGCCCCGUUGCCGAGAUGGUCUUCCAGCACCUGAAGGCCGCGGCUGCGCGCAAGGUGGACGUGGUGCUGCUGGUGGACUUCAUCGGCUCCUUCACGCUGCGCAACGACUGGGUGAAGGAGCUGCGGCAGGCGGGUGCAGACGUGGUCUUCUUCAACCCCGUGCUGCCGGCGCACCUCUGCGUGGGCCCCAUCUCCUUCCGAGAUCAUCGCAAGAUCCUGAUCUCUGACGAGGUGGGGUUUUGUGGCGGCAUGAACAUCCAAGAGGAGGUGGGGGAGGAGAUCUACGGCACCAGCCGCUUCUACGACGUCCACGCCAAGUUGGAGGGCCCCUGCGUGGCGGACCUCGCCGAGGUCUUCCGGGACUCCUUGGAGGAGGCAGGAGGCCAGGUGGUACGAGGCCCCAUCAGCCCGCCCGCGCCCUUGGAGAAUGGGAUCUACGUGCAGAUCCUCCAAUCCAACGUGCGGAAGCGGAGGCGGACCCUGCAAAAGGUGAUCGUGAAAAGCAUCGACGCAGCUCAAGACUCGCUGAUGCUGACCACCGCCUACUUCUUCCCCCCGACCUUCCUCAAAGCGGCCCUUCUGCGCGUGCCGGCGCGGAACACCUCCAUGUCUCUGCUGCUCUCGGGGUCCUCGGACUUCUACCCGCUGCCCGGGGAUUUGUUGGCGCAGAUGUUCUUCUUGCGGGGCUUCCUGUCGGCCACCUUGCCCUCCCAGGACCGAGUUUCCGUGCACCUCUACGAGAAGCGGCACAUGCAUGCAAAGCACAUGUGUGUGGACGGGGUCUUCUCCACCAUUGGCUCCUUCAACUUUGAUCUCUACUCCGCGCGCCGGAAUCUGGAGGUGGGUGUGGCGGUCUUCGACCGCAGCUUCGCCUUGCAGCUGCAGCAGAUGCAUCAGAACCGGGUCAAGGAGUCCAGGCGCACCUUUUUCAGCGACUGGGUCUACCACCAGCCUUUGAUCUGGGCAGCCUGCGGGAUCGCCUACAGCCUCCUGCGCUUCAGCAGCCGCAACGUCUUCGAUGGCCUGGACUGCUACCAGCGGAAGUGGCUCAUGCGCAAGGCGUCCCUGACCUUCUUGCUGGAGGAGCAGUCCGCGCAGUUUGUGGCCACGUCCAUGAUGUGGGGCUUGGAAUGAAGCCGCUUUCGGAAGAAUGCGGACGGGGCCUGCAAAAAG